UUGGAGUAAUGUUGGUAAAGAAGGACUUCGCUUUACCGGUACCGCCACCUAUCUUAGUAGCAUGGCAGAUUUCUGUAUAUUUCCUCUCUACAACUUGUGCUCUUUCUUAGUUCUUUCCCUUCGUUCCGUCACUGUCCUGUAGAGAGUGCUUGGGUCUGUGGUGUCGACACUGUCGACUGUGGACUGUGGAGACAAUUGACUGAAUUGACAAUCCAAACAAUACAAUGGCUGAGUUUUACACGAAAGUGCUAUUGAUUUAAGUGAAUUCAGUGUAUUUGUUUGAUUAAAAAUGUGAUUUAUUCUAUUGAAAACGUCAAAAUGUGGAUCCCAACUAAGAGCAAAAAAUAUGGUGUCGCGAUCUACAACUGGAAGGGCGACACGCGGUUCGGAUUGCCCCUCGAGAUCGGAGACACCGUCCAGAUCUUGGAAGAGUGCCAGGGCUGGUACAGGGGCUUCUCUACCAAGAACAGGGCCCACAAGGGCGUCUUCCCGCACGCCUACGUCCACCUGAAGCCGUGCAAGGUGGACAGCGAGGGGCUGUUCGAGGGGGUGGUGCCUCUCGAGGACCCCAUCAUCAGGGAGGUGACGUUGGUGUUGAGAGAAUGGGGCAGGAUAUGGAAGGAUAUAUUCGUGGAGAGGAACCAUUACAAAUUCGAAACGGUGGGUAAGGUCAUGAGAGAUCUUCUAGAAUGGAGAAGGCAGCUUGUUUCUGGCACCUUGACACACGAUCAAACAAGGGAAUUGAAGUUGAAAAUCAUCCAGAAAAUCGAUUGGGGAAAUCGAAAACUAGGAUUGGAUCUGGUACCUCGACAAGGUGCCAAUAUGGUAGAACCCGACUCAAUGUCGGUGGUAGAAUUAUAUCAUGUGCAUGUGUCCAGUGCUGAGAAUACACAAGGUGUAUCAGCAAGGGGGACAAUAAAAAAGAAGGAACAAAAGAAGACCCUGACUCACCACCUGUAUUUUUGCAUGAGGGAUUUUGGUCACCAUAUUGGUGAAGACACCGAAAUAUAUUUUUCAUUGUACGACUCUUGCAAACAAAAGUAUAUAACCGAACGUUUCCUAGUCAAAAUUUCCAAAGAUGGUUUUUCGAAUUACGUAGAUAAACUGCACAGCAAUUGCACUGUGUUCACAGAAUUGGGGAGUGCAGAAUUAAUCAAAGAUGUAUACUUAGUUGCUCACAUUAUGAGGAUUGGCAAAAUGCUGUAUUCUGAUAGUUCAAAAAAGACUGAUAAGGCUGUUGCUCAACAACAGAUAUUCAAAAGGCCUCACGGGGUAGCUGUGCAAAACUUAGGAGAUUAUUUAACUAGUAAGGAAGGUGAUACAGAAGAAAAGGAAUUCAGCAUGAAGGUGUUCCAAGGUGAAGAGAAGGAUUUCUUUCAACUUCACGAAUUUAUAAUUAGACAAACAGGAAAAUAUAGCCCGCUAUCGACUCACGUCAAUUACGGCAUAAUGAUCUCCGUGAAAAUAUUACACGGCGAGUUGCGAAUGAUAAAAGAAGAAAACCCUUUGCUGUUCAAAAACGUUAAUUUGACCAGCAAACUGGGUUUUCCGGAUGUGAUAAUGCCGGGGGAUGUCAGGAACGACCUGUAUCUGAAUCUGGAUAAGGGAGAAUUCGAGAGGGGUGGAAAGUCUACUGGGAAGAACAUUGAAGUGUCCAUAGUUGUCCUUGACAGCGAAAAAAAUAUUAUAAAACUCUUGACUAGAACUAAAAAAAUUACGCUGUCGAUUCAAAUUUCAGUAGAUAAUAACGAGUUCAUUGAAUUACAGAAUUGUCUGUGGGGAGCUACAGGCAUGGAAUCAUCUUCCGAAUAUAAUUCGAUGAUCAUUUACCACCAUAACUCGCCUGCAUGGGCUGAAAACGUUAGAUUAACUUUACCUAUCGACAAAUUUGCCGGAGCUCAUGUUAGACUAGAAUACAGACAUUGUUCUACUAGAGAAAAAAACGACAAGAAACUUUUCGGUUUCUCAUUCAUUCGCCUGAUGGACAAAGAUGGCGCAGCCGUUCAAGAUGGCCAACACGACUUGUUUAUUUACAAAUGUGAGGAUGCCCAAAAACUCGAAAAUUGCGGAUAUUUGUCUUUGCCUGCCUUCGCCAAAGACUACGAGGGCAAUCACGAAGCUAGCGGACAAUUUUCUAGAAGUCAAAAAGAAAUGAUAAUCAUAAGAACUUUAUUGUGUUCCACGAAACUAACUCAAAAUGUGGAUUUACUUGCACUUUUGAGAUGGAAGUCUCAUCCAGAAAGGAUCCAAGAGUCUCUGCAAAGGGUCUUGAGACUGGGAGACGAAGAACUCAUCAAAUUUCUUCAAGACGUUCUUGAUGCCUUAUUUGCGUUGUUUUCAACUGAAGAUGGAAAUUCUACUGCACACAGCGGUUUAGUUUUUCACGUGUUGGUGUCCAUAUUCAAUCUACUGGACGGCUCCAAAUAUCAACAUUUCAAACCAGUGCUUGACGCCUACAUAAAGAAUCAUUUCGCAGCUGCUCUCGUUUACAAGGGUUUACUUACUAGCGUACAACACUGUGCGGACUGGGUAGAAUCCUUCGAAAAGCAGGAACCCAUCCAGAAAUGCUUCAAGAGUUUAGAGUACAUUUUCAAACUGAUCAUCCAGAGCCGGCUGCUUUUUUCUCGUGCCACCGGCGGCCAUUUUGAGGACAGCUUCCGAAAAGAUUUGUUCACCGUUUUCGGAUCUUUGAACAAAAUGCUAACGAUCAACAACAGCCACAUUAUCAAUACUCAGGUGGCUCUGCUUUUGGCCAUCAGUUCGGUUUACGAGCAACUUACUGAAGUUAUACCGACUUUGGAAGUAAGUAAGCUCGCUUCCAAUAUGCUUGAUUCGUUACCGAAAGAUUUGCCCAAUAUCAUGGUGCAGGCUAAACUGUCUUGCAUCAAGAACAUGAUGACUAGCAAACUAUUCCAAGAUGAUGAAUCCAGGAGUAUCCUCCUGAUGACAGCUUGCAAACACUUGAGGUAUCAUUUGACAAGAAGAGAUGACCUCAAGCUUUGCACAGAUAUCCUCGGAGAAAUCCUAGGAUUCCUUUUCAAGCAGAGAAAAUCGUGUGAUGAACAAGGAAAGAUAAACAAUUGCAUCCACCAUGACGUCGAUACGUUGUGUGUAUCGGUAUUGGAAGUUCUUAUACAAACCAUACUCACUUCCAUCGAUAAGGACGUCAAAGUAUUUGGAUGCCUGGUUGCUUCUUUGAUAGGCAUAUUGCAGUUACUGGACGAAUUUCACUACAAAAGACUUUGGGAGACCUUGAUGGGUCCCCAUCAAGACAGGAAACCCCUGAAAGAUUUUCUGCUCAGGGCGUUCUUAGUGUUUAGAAAUCUCGUCCGUAUGGACGUGUAUCCUCCUGAUUGGCUGGUCAUCAAAAUGUUGACCAAUAACGUUAUACUCAAGGCUCUUCAAGAGUUCGCUCAACCGUUGGCUUUCAAAUUCCUCGAUAGUCGAGCUGGAUAUUUCGAUAAAGAAUUGUGGACAAACUAUUUCAAUCUAUCAGUGGAUUAUUUAACUCAAGAGUCUCUACAGCUUGAACAGUUUUCUGAUGUGAAGAGGGAGAAAGUUAUAGAGAGGUAUGGAGACAUGCGGGUUUUGAUGGGUUUCCAAAUAUUAUCAAUGUGGUCUCAACUGGGGGAAUGUAAAUUGAGUUUCAUACCAUCGAUGGUGGGUCCGUUUCUUGAGGUUACUCUCGUUCCUGAAAUCGAACUGAGGAAAGCCACUUUACAUAUUUUCUUUGACAUGAUGGAAUGCGAGCAGAAAGCCAAGGGAAACUUCAAGCAAGUGGAAUGUGAACUCAUCGAUAAGCUCGAUAUACUAAUUUCUGAAAAUAAGGGAGACGACGAGUACAGGAGAUUAUUCAACACCAUUUUAUUGGAUAGAGUGCAAUCCGAGGAUCCCACAUGGAAAGACAGUGGAGCAGCUUUCAUUAGCUCAAUCACUCGUCUCUUAGAGAGGCUGUUGGAUUAUCGAAAUGUCAUUCAAGGGGACGAAAAUAGAGAUAAAAGAAUGUCUUGCACCUUCAAUUUAUUGAAUUUCUACAAGAACGAAUUCAACAGGAAAGAAAUGUAUCUCAGGUACAUUUAUAAACUUCACGAUUUGCAUCUUUCUGCUGAAAAUUUCACUGAAGCAGCAUUCACAUUGAAACUUUAUGCUGAUCAGUUGACCUGGACGAGUAAUCCAGUGAAUGAUCCGAAUUACCCGAAUCACACGGAAUGUCAAGUCAAAGAGAUAUUGUAUAGACAAAUCAUCAAUUAUUUUGAUAAGGGAAAAUGCUGGGAGAAAGGAAUACCCCUUCAAAAAGAGUUGGCAAACCUUUAUGAAAACUUAUUCUUCGAUUACAAACUACUGAGUGACAUGCUUAAAUACCAAGCGAGAUUUUUCGAUAACAUUCUAACCCAGCUCCGUCCUGAGCCUGAAUAUUUUCGGGUCGGCUUUUACGGGCUAGGAUUUCCGUUGUUUGUGAGGAACAAACAGUUUGUGUAUAGGGGACUGGAGUAUGAGAGAAUUGGUGCCUUUACACAAAGAUUGCAAACUGAGUUUCCUUCUGCUCAGAUCCUUAUGAAAAAUACUCCACCAGAUGACACUAUUAUCAACUCGGAUAGCCAAUACAUUCAAAUUUGCAAUGUCAAACCGAUUCCAGAACCUAACCCAAUCAUCCUAGCUACCGAUAUCCCGGAGAAAAUAUCCAGGUUCUAUCAUUACAACGAUGUAAAAAGAUUUCAGUGCGACCGUCCAGUCCAUAAAGGCAUCAUCGACAAAGAAAACGAGAUUAAAACUCUUUGGAUAGAGAGGAUGGUAAUGGAAAUAGCUAGCCCUCUACCUGGAAUACUCAGAUGGUUCGAAGUGGUCUGCCGGCAGACCGAAGAAAUCCCUCCAGUUCAAUUCGCUUGCGAAACCAUGCGAAAUGUGGAAAACGAACUCAGGCAGCUCAUCAACGUGCAUUCUCUAGACGCCAAAAGAAAUUUGAAUCCUUUCACUAUGAGGCUGCAAGGAAUAAUCGAUGCUAAUGUCCAAGGAGGCAUCAGCAAAUACCAGCAAGCUUUCUUCACUAAAGAAUUCGCUAAGCUUUGUCCCGAGCAUAAAGUUCAUGCCGAGACUCUGAAAGAACUCAUUAUAAACGCGACCAGGGUUAUUGAAGAAGGGUUGAUUUUACAUGGGAAAUUGACUCCAGCUAGUGUCCAACCUCUCCAUCAGAGGCUUUUAGAAAGAUUCGGGCAGCUUAAGGAAAGUCUAGGGUCACUGAAUCAACAGAAUUCUAGCAUUGUCAAUACUCCUUUACCACCUUUACCGACAGACAAACAUUUGAUGAUGGAGAACGGAAGCAACAGAUCUUCAACGUCCAGUGGGAAUUAUGGACAUCUCACUCUAGAUUAUGAUAAUAUUUACUCUAAGCCUACGGAUAGUGAAAGGCCAUUGCUCAGUAGAGAGAACUUAUCGCUCACUAUGCCGACCAAUAACGCGCCUCCUAUUCCUCAGAGAGAGAACAGACCACGUUCUCAGGGAUUCAGCAACGCCAGCUUUGUCGAUUUCAGAACUCCCACUAGGAGCCAUCUAGAAUAUAACAGUUCUAGCUUACCAUCGAUGAAGUCGAGGGAUUCUGAUCCGUGUGACGUACCUCUGCCGCCUAAACUGACGCACUCCCGAGAGAGGUCGCUGACGAAGCCGCCAUCUCCGAGGCUGCUGAGACACGCGAUAUCCAUGACGCCGACAGAUGGCGCCUCGCCUCUGAGGAACUCCUGGCCGGAGACGGGAGGUAUGGAGGAGGCCCCUCCUCUGCCUCCGAGGUCGCACACUCCGGACAAGCGGGUGCAAAGCCUCCCUUCUGACACGCCUCCCAACAUCCCCAAGCGCGGCCAGAAGAGGUCGACGCCGUCGGUGUGCAGCACCGAGCACCUCACCAUAGACGAGACUGAUCCGAACUUGGCGAGUUCGACGACCAGUCUGGACGCGCCCAGGGACAAUCACGAGCUGAGGGACUCCGGCAUCAGCAUGACCGAGCCGCAGCUGAACAACUUCAAUCACGCUUGCUUCGAGGAUUUCGAUUUGGGGGCUCGGCAGACGGAGAUGAACAUUUACAAAAAAGAGGACAGCCCCAAGAUCGAAAACCCGCCGCCGAUACCGCCUAAAUCCUGCGCCUCCUCCCUCAAUUCCAGUCUGGAUCUGGGAGGGAGUCUAGAAAGGCCGAAACGUCGAGAUGCCGCCGAGGCCGUCACGCCGCCGGAGAACUAUUCUCUACCGAAACCGCACAAAGAAAACGGCACCACUGCGGAAAAGGAUCGGGAAUCUUAAAAAAUGGGAAAGAGGCGAGUUUUUGGUUUUUUUCUGUUGAUAAACAUACAAGGUGUAUCUGAAACCGAAAAAAUCAAAUGACUAAUUUCUAUAUUUCUAUAUUUUGCGCAUUUUUUACAUUCUUGCAAAUUUAGAUAUGGAAGAACAGUUGAAAUCAUGGCCCAAUAACAAUAAUUAUGUUGAAUACGAUUCUGUAAUUCAAUUUUGCGGGUUAUCAGUGGAGACCUCUGGGAAGAUAUACAGGGUGUUUUUCAUGUUGGAUAUUUCCUUUUUAUAAGGCAUACACCUCGAUGAAUGAGCAAUAUUUUUGAAAAAUUUGUUCAAAAAGACAACCCUUACCUGGAAAACACCCCGAACAGAGUUUUACAAUUAUUAUUCAAAGGACAAUUGAAUGAAUUUUCAAUGAAUCCUUUGAGGCAUUGGGAUUUCAGAUAAAAAUUAUUUAUUUCUCUCUGAUAUUUUGGGAAAUCCUUCGUUAGUGAUCAUCAAUUUUUUUAUUCAAAUUUUAUUAUUCCAUUCCCUUCAAGAUAUUCCAAUAUUGUGUCAUAAAGUAUAAAAACAUAUUUUGUAAUUCUAUUUUCCUAUUAAUCAGUUAUGAUAACAAUUAAAGUAGCUAUAGUUGUAUAGGAAGAGGUUUGAUCUCUUAUGAAAUUAAGAUUGUGCCAAUUUUCUAGUAGAAAAAAAAAACGGAAAUGUUUAGUCACUUUCGGCACAAGUAAUUACAGUAGUGUAAAGUUGAAAAAACUUCUUAGAGCUAGACAUUAUUAGUGAAUGUCUAAUUUUCGUAGGUCAAGUUUAUGGACCAAAGAGAGAUUUAUCAUGCCAAAUGAAUAAACAAUUACUACUGAGAGAAAAGCCACAUAUUUUUGCAAUCAUUUGCCAUAGACUAACAGUACAUCGAAAAGUUUUUCGUCUGUAUAAUAAUGGUGCUAAUUUUUUUCAUGUUCUUAGGAACAUGUGACACAGGAGACAUGCAACAGACAACUCUAAUUCAAUUCUUUCCAUCACUGAGAUAAAACUUUGGCGCUUUUUACAACCAUACAUGAUUAUUUCAAAUAGCACCCUGUAUAUUCGUUUUGAAAUUUUUUCAUUCAAACAUGUAAUACAAGGUGUUAUUGACUUUGUUUUUAGAUCGACAUAUGAAUGGUUUUUUGUUGGGAAAGAGCAUCAAUAUGCCAGUAUUAUUAUGAAAACUGAAAUAGGAACUCUUUUUUUUUUCUGAUUAGGAAUAAUUUUGAAUAAACUGAUAAUUCUUGGAUUUCAUAGCAUAGCUAUAAGCAUCGACAGAGUAUCGAAUUCGAGUUUUAGUCAGGUAAAUUUAUGCAGCAACAUUUAACAAUUGUGACGUAACAUUUAUCAAUUAACAAUUAUCAAUCAACAAGUGGUGAGAAUAUUGACAUUUAUGCAAAUCAAAUUAACAAUUAAUGGAUGGAUAGUACGCAAGCGCACAUGCCCUAAAUCUGGACUAUCAAAGCAAUAACCUUACAAAUUCGUUGUUUACAAUUUCCAUAAAGAGCUAAAAUUUCGAAGUUCAUAAUGUUUUCUGAUCUGGAAGAGACUGGGUUACUUUUAUUCACAAUUAUUCUGUUGAUUGCAAUUGUUUCAUGUUAAAACAAAUUUCCUAACAUCUGUCAGAUAUCAGGUCUGACAUUGGUCUGACCAAUCCAAUCUGACCUCCAUUGAAAACAGG